CCCUGGCCUGGGUGAGAGGAUGGAUCAUGAGAGGGAGGGAGGAAGGGAGGAAAGAGAGAGAGUCUCCACAGGACAGGGCGGAGCUGAGGAGAAAUGAGGGAUGACGAGAGAGAGGGCAGCACAAGCAGCGCCAUCCCAGAAGAGAAGAUGGGUAUGAAAGUGAGAGGUACGAGGCAGACGGCUGGGGUCUCAGGACAGCAGCCCCGCACCCUCGACUGGUCACAGACUCUAAGAGGCCCCCUCGAACCAGUGUCAUCUCUGACGGAGGUAGUCCGGGGCCAACUCAGCACCCACCAGGAUGUUUACAAGAGAUCAGGCCACACCUUUGUCAAUUAUGGGGAAACCAAAGGAAACAAACAGGAAACUCUGGAGUGCGGCUCCCUCUUUCCAGAUGGGAUCGGAAUCCAUGGAUUCUUCUACCCAUGGAGCUGUGAGGGUGAUGUGUGGGACCUGGAGAGCUGUAGGGGUCAGGCAGCCAUCGAGAGCCCCAACCUCUGCCUGCGCCUGCGUUGCUGCUACAGAGAUGGGGUCUGCUACCACCAACGGCCAGACGAAACCAUGCGCAAGAAGCACAUGUGGGCCCUGGGCCAGACCUGUGGGGGCCUCCUCCUGAUCUGCAGCAUCUGCCUGUUUUGGUGGGCCCGGCGCCGGCGCCGGGACCUGCUGCACCUGCCGGGCUUCCUGCAGGGCAAGUGCGACCUGUCCAGGACGGUGUCGCUGCUGUCCAAGGACCGGACAUCGACUGAAAAGAAGACUUCUGUCAGCCAAGAGGCCACUGGGGCGACUGGGAUGGAAACUUCAGGGGGCAGCGAAGGGGAGAACGAGGAGGGUGAGGAAACAGAGGGUGAGGACGAAGAUUAGGGAUGUCUGGGGACCCUCAAUACAGAUGUGGCGCAAGGCGUGGCGUCCUUUCUGAGAGCCAUGGUAGCGAUGGCUCCGUGGCCCUGGAGCCUGGCGUGAGUGUACAACCGGGGGGCAGAGACCUCCCUGCAGGAUCAUGGGAGCUGGGGACAGAAGGACGAACUCUUGCCCCACCCCAGGCUGUGCAGCCCCCUCCAAGACAGACAAGCAGCGUGAGGGGCAGAGCCGUUUAUCCCAGGG